AACAAAACAUUUUGAAUAAACAGAAACUUGCAUCUCCCGGAGCAGAUUGCUAGAGAUUCUUAUCAGGAAAUGAAGAUCCAUUGGGGACUGAUGGUGCUGCUCAUUUAUGGUGUUUUGAAAGCUGACGGGAGCCUUUUGGAAUUUGGACACAUGAUCCGAAAACUCACUGGGAAAACAGCGUUCCCGUACUACACCAGUUACGGCUGUUACUGUGGCCUGGGUGGAAAAGGACAGCCACGGGAUGCCACCGACAGCUGCUGUUUCGCCCACGACUGCUGUUACGGAAAGCUGAAAGACUGCCACACGAAAACAGAGAGAUACAAUUACACCAUUGAAGGUGGAAAUGUCACAUGUGGAAAUGGGAGCCAGUGUGAGACCCAGAUUUGUGAAUGUGACAAGACAGCUGCCGUCUGCUUCCGAGACAAUCUGGACUCGUACAACAAAAAAUACAUCUUUUACCCCGACACCCACUGCACAGAAAAAACUAUGCCAUGCUGAGUACUGUUUGGCAAAGUUACUCUUUUGAAGUGUCAUUUCCAGAACUCCUAUAUGCUCAGCCACAGAGUGUUGGCCAUGUUGUGAUGCUCUGCUUAUCAAACUUUAACUCCCCAUCAAUCCAGCCAUCAGACACCAAAGAUCACAGAUGGUCUGAGUGCAGAUCCUUGAGUGGUGAAGGUGCCCUCAGAGUUUGAUAUUUUAUCCUCUGGCUGAGACCCGUUGCCAUGUUUUUAACGAAAAUAAACAUGUAUGUAUUCAGAUAAA